AUGGUUUCAGAUGUACCUACCCCGACCGUACCCGUCGUGCCCAUUCCUACGAUAUUUAUGGUACCACCAGCGGUACCACCAGCAUAUUCGGCACCUGCUCCGAUCGAGCCUACGGCGUACCAAGCACCACCGCCACCUGAACCUACCGUAUACUUGGCACCAGCGGCACCCGUGCCCCCAGUGCUUACAGCAUAUGCGGCACCCGCACCAGCAGCAGCAGUUGCUCCACCUCCGAUACCACCACCCAUCGUACCUCCUGUCGCGCCCACCUAUGCUGACCCUACUGUGCCACCAAUGGCACCUGCCUCAGUCUAUCCAGCGGCACCGGGGAUACCUCCCCCAGCCUAUGUAGCGGUACCACCUGUUAUACCAGCUCCAGUGGUUCCGCCAGUUCCUGUAGUCGUCCCUACUCCCCUCACUGAUAUAGUCACAACAUGA